AGAUUUAUUCAACCGUGGCUACAAUUUUGACACAUUUAAAUUAGAUGUGAAAACCAAGACUCCAGCAGGCGUUGAAUUCACCACUGGUGGAGUAUCGCAUUUCGAGUCCGGCAAAGUUCUUGGCACUUUGGAAACUAAGUACAAAUUCAAAGAAUAUGGUCUCACGUUUUCCGAGAAAUGGAAUACCAGUAACAUUCUAGCCACUGAGGUAUCAUUACAAGAUUUAUUCAAAGGUACAAAAUUCUCUGCCGAAAGUACAUUUGCUCCUCAGACUGGUGAUAAGUCUUUGAAAGUUAAAGCCGAGUAUAAAAAUGAAGUCAUAGCUGUGAACGGUGAUGCAGAUUUCAAGACAACCACUCCUGUCCUUAAUCUGGCCGGUGUAUUCGGUUAUCAUGGUUGCCUUUCCGGUUAUCAGCUGAAAUUUGAUUCCAAGGACUCUAAGUUGAAGAAUUAUAACUUGGCUUUGUCCUACGCUACUAACGAAUUUGUCCUGCAUACCAACGUUAACGAUGGUAAGCAGUUCAACGGAUACAUUUAUCAGAAAGUGAAUCCUUUCCUCGAAACCGGUGUUGAGCUCGCUUGGUCGUCCGAGAACAACGACACCAAAUUCGGUCUUGGUUGUAAAUACGCUUUGGAUCGAGACACUUCAGUUCGUGCCAAAGUCAAUAAUUCUAGCCAAAUUGGUUAG